AUGGCAGGUGCGAGAUGCUACGCUCUCCUUGUCGUCGGCGUCGUCCUGACGGCCCAGCUAUGCGGAUGCACGGCGUACGUCGGCGGCGAUGGGUUUACCGUGGAGUUCAUCCACCGUGACUCCGUCCAGUCGCCGUUCCACGACCCGUCGCUCACCUCGCACGGCCGCCUGCUUGCCGCCGUGCGGCGUUCCACGGCGCGCGCCUCAGCUCUGGCGCGCUCGUACGCCGGCGACUCCCCUCAUGGCACCGUGUCGGAGGUCGUCCCCGGGCAGUCCGAGUACCUGAUGUACGUCAACGUGGGCACGCCGGCUACCAGGGUGCUCGCCAUCGUCGACACCGGCAGCAACCUCGUCUGGUUUAAAUGCGCCAACGUCCGUACCGCAGCCACGACCCCGGCAGCAAUCGCCGGUGGCGCGAGCCUUGUGUUCAACCCGUCGUCCUCGUCGACGUUCGGCCGCGUGUACUGCCAGUCCAGCACGUGCCACAAGCUCCCCGGCACCUCCUGCGACGCCAGCUCCAGAUGCAAGUACGCCCAAUCCUACACCGACGGCUCAAAGACAACCGGCCUCCUCUCCACCGAGAGUUUCAUCUUCGACGAUGCCCCCGGCGGCUGCGUCGGGUGCCGCCAGCGUCCGCAGCUGCUCGUGCCCAAUUUCAGCUUCGGAUGCUCCACGGCCACGGCCGGCACGUUCCGCGCGGACGGCGUCGUCGGUCUCGGCAGCGGCGACUUCUCCCUCAUCACACAGAUCGCCGCCGGCACCUCGCUCGGCCGGAGGUUCUCCUACUGCCUCGCGCCCUACUACGUCAACGCCUCCUCCGCGCUCAACUUCGGCGCCCGUGCCGCGGUGACGGAGCCGGGCGCGGCGACGACGGCGCUGAUCCGCCCCGACCCGCGCCAGCCGCACUACACCAUCGUGCUCGAGUCCGUCAGGAUCGGGAACGCGAGGUUUGAGCACCUGUCCAACACCAUCGUCGACUCCGGCACGACGCUGACGUUCCUCGACAAGGCGCUGCUGGACCCGAUAGUGGAGGAGAUGACACGGCGCAUCCGCUUCCCGCGGAAGCGGCCGCCGAACAGGCAGCUGCAGCUCUGCUACAGCGUUAUCGGGCCGAGUGGUAAAUUUUACUUCUACAAGUUUGUCCCGGACGUGACGCUGAAUCUGGCCGUCUUCGCGGAGGCGGUGACGCUGAAGCCGUAUAACACGUUCGUCGAGGUGCAGAUAGGGACCAUGUGCUUGAUGAUGGCGCCGGUGACGCCGCAGCAGCCGGUGGCCAUCAUCGGGAACAUCGCGCAGCAGAACUUUCACGUCGGCUACGACCUUGACAAGAGCACCGUCACCUUCGCCCCUGCGGACUGCGCCAGAUCCUACCGCUCGUCCUCCGCCUCCGUGUAGCUAUCUCAUCAUCGUUAGUUGCUAAUAAUUUUGCGUUAAGUGUUGCCAUGUGGUGCAUCUUUUAUGCGUUGCUGUGUCUCGGUUAGGCUCCUGAAUGCCACAGAUAGGUUCUCUUUGGGUUGUCUUUCAGAGUAGCUUUAUAAUAAAAAAAAAUA